UUCCAUAAUUAAUUUGUCCCUUGCAUGUCCCUCGUUCAAGUUUCAACCACUGUGCGUCUUUCCCACAGAGAAAAGAAGAAGCCAAACCAAAUCCCCUUAUCAUCAUCAUCAUCAUCAUCAUCUCUUUGAUCAUCAACUACUCUCCUAACAACACAGCUAUGACCUAACCCUGCUGAACCCUGAAUUCUGAUCGGUUGGUUGUUCCUCAUUAAUAUCCAUUCCAAAGCCUUCCCAUAUAUCGAGCUCAUAUGCAUUGAAUAACAUGCGAGCAUUUCAAGAACAAUAAUACUCUCACUAGCAGACAUUAAAUGCAUUUGUUCAGAGUUUUGGCGGCACAGAAAAAACGCGUUUUUUUUCUUCUCUCCAUACGAGAUUACAUUCACACAGGAAGAAAACAUCAUGAUGAACAAGCAGUACCGAUUCUGAGUUCUUCUUCUUCUUCCCCACUAGGAAAAAAAUCAUGGUGAAACUGAGUAAUUUGAUGUGUGUCUUUCUGGUUUUGGUGGUGGGUUUCUCACUAGGAACCGUUUUGGGUGAUACCGAGUUAAACUUGUCUUCUUCUUCGACAUUGGAAGUACUGUUAGAGGUGAAGAAAUCUUUUAGUGAAGACCCUUUGGAAGAGGUGCUGAAUGAUUGGUCUGAGAGCAACCCAAAUUUCUGUUCAUGGAGAGGGAUUUCAUGUGACUCAGUUGAUAACUCAGUAAAAGUGGUGAGUUUGAACUUAUCCGGUUCAUCACUCACUGGUUCAAUAUCUCCGUCACUUGGUUACUUGAUAAAUCUUAUUCAGUUAGAUCUUUCUUCUAAUCAGCUCACUGGUUCAAUCCCGUCGAACCUCUCUAAUCUGGUUUCACUGGAAUCUCUACUUCUUUUCUCGAAUCAACUCACUGGUCCAAUUCCAACUCAACUCAGAACCUUGAAAAACCUUCGUGUCGUUCGUAUCGGCGACAACGGAUUCACAGGUCCAAUCCCAGGUUUCUUUGGUGAUUUUCAGAGAUUGGAGAUCCUUGGUCUAGCAUCAUGUAGUUUGACGGGUCGUAUCCCACCGGAACUCGGUAGACUCAGUCGGCUUCAAAACCUUGUUCUCCAACAAAAUCAGCUCGUUGGUCCGAUUCCAUUGCAACUCGGUAACUGUUCAAACCUCAUCGUCUUCACCGCAGCGGUUAAUAACCUCACUGGCGCAAUCCCUGAAGAAAUGGGUUCCCUGCAAAACCUUCAAAUUCUUAACCUAGCCAAUAAUUCUCUCACUGGUGAGUUGCCGGUUCAACUGGGCGGAUUGAGUCAACUCGUUUAUCUCAAUCUCAUGGGAAAUUUUCUGGAAGGAUCAAUCCCAACAUCCUUGGUGAACUUGGGUAAUCUUGAAAACCUUGAUUUGUCAGUAAAUAAGUUGAGUGGUGGAAUUCCUCAAGAAUUUGGGAGAUUUCAAAAGUUAGUUUAUAUGGUUAUGUCUAAUAACAAACUUACAGGUAAAAUACCAGAAAACAUUUGUUCAAAUAUAUCAACUUUAGAACAUUUGAUUUUAUCCGGUAAUUCAUUGCAAGGGGAAAUUCCGGUGCAAAUCGGCGAGUGCAUGUCGUUGAAACAACUGGAUUUAGCCGAUAAUCAGUUAAACGGUACGUUGCCGAUUCAGUUAUUCGAGUUACUUAAUCUUACCGAUUUGUACCUCAACAACAACACAUUGAUUGGUACACUUCCUGCAUUGAUCGGCAACCUCAACAGUGUUGAAACUUUAACUCUGUAUCACAACAACUUACACGGCGAAAUCCCGAAGGAAAUCGGACUACUCGGGAAGCUUCAGUUUUUCUAUCUAUAUGAGAACCAGUUUUCAGGUGAAAUCCCACUUGAGAUUGGUAACUGUUCGAGUUUGCAAAUGCUAGACUUUUUCGGUAAUCAGUUCACAGGUAGAAUUCCGGUUACAAUCGGAAGACUAAAGAGUUUGAAACUACUUCAUCUCAGACAGAAUGAAUUUUCCGGGGAAAUUCCGUCUGCGCUGGGUAAUUGCAAGGAACUGACUAUAUUGGAUUUGGCAGAUAAUCAUUUCUCUGGUGGAAUUCCAAAGACUCUGGGAUUUUUGCAAGCAAUGGAACAGUUGAUGCUUUACAACAACUCACUUGAAGGUAACAUUCCUGACGAAUUCAGAAGCGUUGCAAAUUUAACUAGAGUGAAUUUAUCUAAUAAUAGAUUGAAUGGUAGUAUUGAUCCUCUGUGCGUUUCGAGUUCUUAUCUGUCGUUUGAUCUUACAAACAAUUUGUUUGGUGAAAAGAUUCCUCCACAGUUGGGGAACUCGGCCUCUCUUGAGAGACUGAGAUUGGGUAAGAAUCAUUUUAUCGGUGAGAUUCCGGCUGCAUUAGGAGAUAUCACUGAACUAUCACUUUUAGAUCUUUCCAGUAAUGCACUCACUGGAAUUAUACCACCUGAGCUCUCAUCAUGCAAGAAACUGACUCACAUUGAUCUCGACAACAACCUUCUUCAUGGGUCAGUACCUCCUUGGCUAGGCAGCUUACCUGACUUGGGUGAGAUCAAACUCUCUUCAAAUAGAUUUUCGGGGCCUCUUCCUCUGGAGAUUUUCAAUUUAAGCAGCAGUCUCUUAGUUCUGUCUCUUGACAACAAUUCAUUCAGCGGAACUCUUCCACCUGAAAUCGGAAAUCUUUCAUCGCUGAAUGUCCUUAAUCUCGAGCGGAACCAGUUCCACGGUCAAAUACCAGCAAAACUCAGCAAGUUAAGCAAGCUCUAUGAACUUCGGCUCUCACGGAACAGGUUUGAUGGGGAAAUUCCAGCUGAACUAGGACAAUUGCAGGACCUGCAGAGUGUUCUGGACCUCAGUUAUAAUAAUCUCACUGGCGGAAUCCCACCUUCUAUUGGGAUACUGUCGAAGCUCGAAGGUCUUGAUCUUUCUCAUAAUGAGCUAGUUGGGAGAAUUCCUUCACAGAUUGGUGGGAUGAGUAGUUUGGGCCGACUUGAUCUUUCUUACAACAAUCUUCAGGGUGAAUUGGAUGAAGAGCUUUCUCACUGGCCAGCUGAUGUUUUUACUGGGAAUUUCAAGCUUUGUGGAAGACCUCUGGUUACCCAAUGCGACACUAAAGAUACUGAACAUGGCCGCUCUCGUCUGAGUACCUCAUCGGUAGUAGCCAUUACUGCUACCUUGACCUUGGCUGGCGUUGUUGUUCUACUUCUGGUGGGGCUUAUACUAGUCUCCAGACGCAAACACCAGUACCUAAGAAGAGCGGAUGCUGAUGGCAACUAUGCAUAUUCUUCUAGCUCUUCGGUGCAGCGAAGAUUACUGUUCCAUAAUGCUUCGACUGCUCGUGAAUUUAGAUGGGAAGACAUCAUGGAAGCUACCCAUGAUCUUAGUGAUGAAUACAUAAUCGGGUCUGGUGGGUCUGGAACGAUUUACAAGGCAGAGCUACCAAGUGGGGAAAUAGUAGCAGUAAAGAAAAUCUUGCGGAAGGAUGACCUGUUUAUGGAUAGAAGUUUUGCAAGGGAAAUUCGAACUCUGGGGAGGAUAAGGCAUAGGCAUUUGGUGAAAUUGAUGGGGUGCUGUAGUACUAGCAAAGGCGGCGGAAUGGCGGGUUCUACUCUGUUGAUUUAUGAGUAUAUGGAGAACGGAAGUCUAUGGGAUUGGUUACAUCGACAACCUAUGACGCAGGAGAGUUCCACCAAGAAAGUUGGGAUAAACCUCGACUGGGAGAUAAGGUUGAGAAUAGCAGUGGGGUUGGCACAAGGUGUGGAGUACCUCCACCAUGAUUGCGUACCGAAAAUCAUUCAUAGGGAUAUCAAGUCAAGUAAUUUGUUACUCGAUUCUGAUAUGGAAGCACAUUUGGGCGAUUUCGGUCUCGCCAAAGUAGUGCUUGACGAUCAGGAUUCUUCGAGCAAUACCGAGUCCCAAACCUGGUUUGCUGGAUCUUACGGCUACAUAGCUCCAGAGUAUGCAUAUACACUGAAAGCAAUGGAGAAGAGCGAUGUUUACAGUAUGGGAAUAGUAUUAAUGGAACUUGUGACCGGGAGAAUGCCAACUGCUGGAACUUUUGGAGUUGAUAUAGACAUGGUGAGAUGGGUUGAAUCCCAUGUUGAAAUGUCAGCGCUCACUCGAGAUGAGUUGGUAGAUCCGGCAUUGAAACCGCUAUUACCCAAGGAAGAAUCUGGAGUUUUUCAACUGCUAGACGUUGCAUUGCAGUGUACAAGAACUGUUCCAGCCGAAAGACCCACCGCUCGACAAGUCUGUGAUCAGUUGUUCCACAUAUCUAAUACUAGUAAGAUGGUGGAUUCUGAAAAGAAAACCGUUGUGUAACUAACAUUUUGUACUUGAAGAGAUUUAAUCCUGAAUAGAACAUAUACUGAUUGCCAAUAACAUUUUGUACUUAAGCGGGCUUAGAGCCCGUAAGUUCGUAGUCAAACUAGCUUAA